AUGUCCAAGACCACUCCACUGACUUCAAUCGUGGAGGUGCUAGAUAACACCAGUAUUGAGUACGAGCAGAAUGACAAAGAGGAGAAGUCGUGGUGGAAGAAAGUGGUAGAUUACUUGGAGGUCAAUAACCCUGGUGGUUUGACAAACACUCAGAGGUUUCUCUUUAAUCACGACUUGCGCCCGGUCGAGGCUGCCAGGAGGCAGUGGUCGUGGUACAACUAUGCGUUUUUCUGGAUCGCCGAUUCUUUUAAUAUCAACACGUGGAUGAUCGCUUCCACAGGCGUUCAGCAGGGCAUGACUUGGUGGCAGACGUGGCUUUCGGUUUGGGUCGGCUACUUUUUGUGUGGAAUUUUCGUGUCGAUCUCGGCCAGAAUCGGUGUUGUCAACCACAUCUCAUUUCCCAUUGGUGUGAGAGCAUCUUUUGGUAUAUUUUUUGCUGCAUGGCCUGUCAUCAACCGUGUGGUGAUGUCUUGUGUGUGGUACUCUGUUCAAAGCAUGGUGGCUGCUCCGUGUAUGGGGUUGAUGUUGAGAUCAAUCUUUGGUCAGCAUCUCGACGAAACCAUGCCCAAUGGAAUCAAUAAUCCCAACUUGACCACAUUCCAGUUCUUGUCAUUUUUCCUUUUCUGGCUUUUCCAGCUCCCGUUCCUCUGGUUCCCUCCACACAAGAUAAGACAUUUGUUCACUGCUAAGGCCUACAUUGUUCCAGUUGCUGGUGUGGCCUUUUUGGUCUGGACGUUGGUGAAGGCACACAGAGCAGGUCCAGUUAUCAGGAAAAAGUCUACUCUCGGUAGCCACGACUUGGCAUGGACGUUUGUUGAAUCUACAAUGAAUGCAUUGGCAAAUUUCGCUACGUUGAUCACCAACGCUCCAGAUUUCUCUCGUUUCGCCGAUAAGCCAUCCUUCAGCAUGAAGUAUGUUGUUCAGACUGUUUCUAUCCCGCUUUGUUUUUCAAUAACCUCCUUGAUCGGUAUUCUAGUCAGUUCAGCUUCUGAAUCGUUGUACGGAGAGCCAACUUGGAACCCUUUGGAUGUUUUGGGCCACUUCUUGGACAACUAUUCCGCUGGCAACAGAGCCGGAGUGUUCUUGCUAGGAUUUGCCUUUGCAAUCGCACAGUUGGGAACCAACAUUUCCGCCAACUCACUUUCCUUCGGUACAGACGUGACGUCUCUUCUACCAAACUACCUCACAAUCAGAAGAGGUUCGUACCUUUGUGCCAUUUUGGCGUUAGUCGUCCAACCAUGGAACUUGACCUCAAGCUCUUCCAAUUUCACAACUUACUUAUCAGCGUACUCUGUGUUCCUUUCCUCGAUUGUGGGAGUGAUCUGCUGCGACUACUAUUACGUGAGAAGAGGGUACUUAAAGUUGACCCAUUUGUACUCUCUUUUCGCUCCAGAAGAUAAAACACAGCCGUCCUAUUACAGAUAUAACAAGAUUGGAUUGAAUCCAAGAGCACUCAUUGCAUACUUGUGUGGCAUUCUACCAAAUAUUGUGGGGUUUGUGGGACAAGUGAAAGGGCAAGACUCAGUUCCAAUUGGUGCUAUCGAGGUGUACCGACUCAACUUCUUCAUGGGUUUCUUCUCCUCGGGCAUAGUGUAUGCGCUUUUGUGCUACUUCUGGCCUGUGAAUGGAGUACCAGAAGUGAGACCAUUUGAGAAGAAGUGGUUCGAAGAGUUCCAGGAUGUGGAAAACUUCGAAGAGGAGUUGCAGGGACACAUAGUUCACGAGGGUGUGGAGCAAGUGGGCUCGUACUCCACCGCAGUCACGAAGAAAGAUAUCGUGUAA